AUGGCAAAUGCCACGGAUACCGUAUCGGAUAGCCAAUCAGUGGAAUCGUUAUUUGCUGCUUACUAUCCAUUAUUUCUCAUGAUUGCUGGUACAAUACUCAAUUCAUUCACAUUACUCGUAUUGUGUUAUUCAUCAUUCAAGAAAACCAAGAAACAACCGACUAUUCAUUACAUGCGUACCAUGGCUAUCUUUGACAUAUUGAUAUUAUAUGGAUGGAAUUUUCAACAUUUUCUUUCGUCUGUCUACGGAUUUACUCUGGAGCGAUAUAACAUCCCGUCGUGUAAAUUCUUUCUUCCUUUCGGAUAUUUUACUGUUCAAACAACAGCAUGGCUUCGUGUUUUUGUCUGCCUGGAUCGAUACAUGGCAUUGAGUCGAAUUCAUCGAACGUGGUUUGGUCAUUCGAAGAAUGUCAUCAUCAUUAUUUUACUUACUAUCGUCAUACUUCUGCUAUUCAAUCUUCAUAUAGCGAUUUUCGGUUGUUUUUACGCGCCAGACGGAACAAUCGAUAUCAACUCAAAACUUUACGCCAUCUUUCCUCUAUGGGAUUAUAUUAACUUAGCCGUAUAUAACUUUAUACCAUUCAUAUUCAUGCUUUUGUUCAACGUCGGGACCAUCUAUCAUCUAAUUCGUCUACAAAAGACCACAACAGUACAGAACUCUCGUAUUCGACAUCGAUCGAUUUCAAUUACAUUGCUCACAUCAACAUUUCUGUUCAUACUUCUCACCCUACCUGCCAACAUUAUCUUCAGUUUUUUUCAAUCAUCAACAAGCUCAUCUGUCCUACACUUAGUUGAUGGAGGCUUAUUUACAUACCAUAUUCUGUCAUUUCCGUUAUAUCUAAUUACUUUUAAAGAAUUUCGAAAAGAAUGCUUUGCAUUAAUUACAUGCAGAAAGAUUACAGCACGGGUGGCACCUGCAACUAACGCACUAACACUAGCAUAA